GAUUUAUCGCGCCUACGAGGAGGAGGACGAGGUACGGCUACACGCCGAGGUUUCCCGUAGAAUGUCACGGGAUCUUUACUCGAGCAGUGGCGUGAUCGGUCCAGGUGGUGGCACACGUUCGCCACGCAGCGGUCGUCGCGUGGGCGAACUGCCAACCGUUGAUCGCAGUCCGUCGCGAAGUUAUGCCAGCGGUCGUGGAAGUCCGCUCGGUGGUCGUAAACGGGGAACUCGCAGUGGCAACAAUUCGCCGGAGCACUUAGGCUACGGCGGAGGCUACCAUCACCAUCAGCUGGGCAGCCCGUACUACUCUCGCGACGAGGACCUCGGCAGUCCCGUGAUGCUCGAGGAGAGGGGUAGGAGUAUGUCGACCGGGGGCGGUGGGGGCGGACAUCACCGAUCCAGAAGCGCCUCGAGACCCGCCAUGUCCAGCUCGGCGGGCAUGGUAGCGCGUUACACUAGCCUCGAUCGUGCCUCCGCUGGCGUUCUCGACCAUGAUCGGGAAUUCGUGCCGAUACGCGAGCCGAGCCGCGAACGUAGCCGCGAUCGCGGACUCUACCUGGAAGACGAGUUAUACGGCUCCAGGUCAGCGCGUCAGAGCCCGAAUCCGCACAUGCUGCGCGACGGCGGUGGCUACAUCGGCGAGCUCCAGCAUCAGAACAACGAUCUGCAACGUGAGCUCGGUAACCUGAAGAAGGAGCUCGAGUUGACGAAUCAAAAAUUGGGCAGCUCGAUGCACAGUAUCAAGACCUUUUGGAGUCCGGAACUGAAGAAGGAACGGGCGUUGCGCAAGGAGGAGAGCACCAAGUACAGCCUCAUCAACGAACAAGUUAAGCUGCUCAGCUCGGAGAAUCAGAAACAAAACAUAUUGGUUCGCCAAUUAGAAGAGGAGCUCAGAAUGAGGGUACGGGGGCCGAGCGUCGAGAUGCAGCAACAAAUGGAAGUUUUGUACAAUGAGAACGAGCAUCUGACUCGCGAAAUUGCCAUACUUCGUGAUACGAUAAAGGAGCUGGAAUUAAGAAUAGAAACGCAAAAACAGACGCUGCAGGCUCGUGAUGAGAGUAUCAAGAAGCUCCUCGAGAUGCUCCAGAAUAAGGGGAUGGGAAAAGAGGAGGAAAGGAUCAUGUUCCAGCAGAUGCAGUCGAUGGCCCAGAAGCAGGUUGACUUCUCGCAGAUGAGACGACUGCAUUUUGCAUACCAAACGCAAAAAUCUCAACAUACGAGUCGAAUAUUGCUGGACGAGCUCCGGACGGAGGUACAGCGACGAGACCAAGAGCUGUUGGCAAUGUCGGCAAAGAUGAAGACUCUCGAGGAGCAACAUCAGGAUUACCAAAGACACAUCGCCGUACUCAAGGAAUCACUCUGCGCCAAGGAGGAACAUUAUAAUAUGCUGCAAGCUGAUGUCGAGGAGAUGCGACAGCGACUCGAGGAGAAGAACCGAAUGAUUGAGAAGAAAACGCAGGCGGCAACGCAGGCGGCAAUGCAGGCGCAACAGGAGCGCAAUCGCAUAAACACUGAAUUGACAGAAAUCAAGGAUCACAUGGACAUCAAGGAUCGCAAGAUCAAUGUUCUGCAGCGCAAGAUCGAGAAUCUGGAGGACCUACUGAAGGAGAAAGAUAAUCAAGUCGACAUGGCCAGGGCCAGGCUGACGGCAAUGCAAGCGCAUCACUGCAGCAGCGAAGGUGCACUUAGUAGUCUCGAGGAGGCGAUUGGGGAUAAAGAGAAGCAAAUGGCACAAUUACGUGAGCAAAGGGAUCGAGCAGAACAGGAGAAACAGGAGGAGAGGGAAUUGCACGAAAGAGAAAUCGCCGAAUACAAAAUGAAAAUACAUACUUUAGAAUCCGAGGUCGAGAAAUUAGGCGCACGUUUGGAACGAGCGCAGGCGGAAAAGGACCGGUUAGAAGCGAAGCUCGAGAGCUCACAAUCCGAGCUUGGCAAGAGCAAGGCUGAGCUGGACAAGGCCGCCUCCGAGGUCGGACGUAGCGGCGCAGACUGGGAGGCGGCGAAGCAGCGGCUGGCCAGGUUGGAACUGGAGAACGAAAGGCUGCGGCAUGAUAUGGAACGAUCACAGGGUUACGGUAGAAGCACACUGAACUCGUCCCAGGAGAUGGAGCGAGUUCAGGAACGGGCCGACAAAACGGCCACAGAAUUAAGAAGAGCCCAGACCGAGCUGAGAGUCACGCAAGCGGACAAUGAGAGGGCACGUGCUGAAGCUGCAACCCUCCAAGAAAAGGUGGAGAAAAGUCAAGGCGAAGUGUACAGGCUUAAAGCGAGACUCGAGAAUGCUCAAGGCGAACAGGAAAGUCUGCGAGAAGAAUACGAUCGAGCACAGGCAUCUGUGGCCCGUCUCCACUCUGAGAGGGAUAAGGCGAUCGGCGAACUCGAAAAAUCGCAAGAAGAACUCGAGCGCACGCAGGCCACCCUCGGUAAGGCGCAACUUCAGCAGGACAAGCUGCAGAAUUUAUUGGACAAGACGCAAAGUGAGGCCGACAAGCUGCAGGAAAAGCUCGAUAAGACGCAGACGGAAGUUCGUAGAAUGCAAAUGGAAAGAGAAAAACAGAACUACGAUUUCGAGAAUCUGCAGAGUCAGCUUGACAAAGCAUUAGGACAGUCAACGAGAAUGCAGAAAGAGCGGGAGGCGAUUCAGCUUGAUGUGGAUCGACUACAGGAUAAGUACGAAAAAGCUCAGGUUAUAAUGCAACGACUACAGAAGGAACGAGAUAGCUUCCAGGAGGAGAUGGAAAAGAUGCACGAGAGGAUAGAAUUCCAGCAGAAUCAGAUAGCCAAGAUGCAACGCGAGAAGGAAAAUGUACUCUCAGAACUCGACUUGGUAAAGGAGAGAUGGGAGAAGACGCACAAUACUCAUCAGAAAUUAACGUUGGAGCGAGAUGAUGCACUGACUGAAAUCCAAAUCCUUAAGGAGAAACUGGAGAAGGCACAGUAUUCUAUGAACAAAGCUCAUGAAGAGCGAGAAAACACUACCAAAGAAUUUGAAAAAAUGUUGGAAAAAUACGAUAGGUCGCAGAGCGAGGUGUAUCGCCUUCAGAACCGUAUCGAUGUUAUGGAGGCGGAUAAGGAUCGACUCGAGCUGGAGACGGAGAAGCAGCAGAUGUUGGCGACCAAGUCACGUGAGGAAUCGCGUAAGGCCCAGGAGGAACUAGCUCGAGUACAGGAAAUGUACGAUCGCGCGGCGCUGCAGCUCGGUCGUACGAAAGAGCACGAGGAGAAGUCAAAGGAGAGCAUCGAUCGGCUGAGUGUAGAUCUCGAAAUGGUGCGCGAGCGCUAUGAGAAGUCACAGAUCGAGCUGCGACGAUUGCAAAACGAGCGUGAGAAGUUGGUGGCCGACAACGAGCGCAUCAGCUUCGAGCUGGAGCGCGCGCAUUCCCAGCUUAACAAGGCACAGGCGGCGACGGAGAAGACGCAGGAGGAGCUUGCGCGUAUGCAACUUGAGAUCGAGAAGAUGUACGAGAAGCACGAUCGUCAGCAGGCGGAGGUGAGGAAGGCGCAGGGCGAGGCGGAACGACUGCGUUCCGAGGCGGAGAACGCGCGCGAGGAGGUCGAGAGGUAUGCAACGCGCUUCGGCAAGUACCAGGAGAGCCAGGAGCGACAGAAGGAGGAGCAUGAGUGGGCGAAGCUGGAGGUGGAGCGGCUACGCGACCGUUUGGAGAAGGCGCUGGCGGAACUCGAACGCGCGCGGAAGGCUGAGCAGGACGCUUCGAGGCUGCGCGCCGAUCUGGAGCGUGCGGAAGGCGUGCGAGGUAAAUACCAGUACGAGCAAGAAAAGUGGCAAAGCGAGGGUAGUAGGCUACUACAGGAGAAGGAAAAACUGCAAGAGCGAUUGGAAAGCCGUGACGCCGAGCUGAAGAGGGCGCAAUCGAACUACGCCGAGCUCGAGGCGAAGCUGCAUGAGACGCAGCUUCAACUCGAGCGGGCGCGCGAUGAGACCGGCAAGGCUACGGCGCACCAGGAACGCAAUCGUUCGGAGAUCGAGCGUGCUCGAAUCGAAGCCGAAAAGAUACGCGACCGACACGACAAGGUGAAGAUACGAGCUGAUGCGCUCGAGGCAGACAACGAGAAACUACGUGUCGAGAUUGUGCGGCUGGAGCGGCUGAUGCAGACUGAGGGUAAGACGAGAUCCGAGAGCGCAAGUAUUGAAGUAGAACGUCUACGAGCCAGCUUGGACAAGGCGAUUGUGUCGCGUGAUCAGGUUGAACUUGAGGCUGGCAGACUCGCGAAAGAGCUCGAAAAAGCGCAUCUGCAAACUGCUAAAUAUCAGGAAGCUACCGAGGUCAGUAAGAAGGACCUCGAACGUCUCGCCGCGGAUGUGCAACUGCUGCGGGACGAACGUGAUGCGCUACGCCAGGAGUUGCGCCGCGUGCAACAACAGCAACAGCAGCAACAGCAACAGCAGCAGCUCGCUGGUAACGAAGAACUUGCCCGAAUGCAGUACGAGCUGCAGCUGGCGCAACGUGAACGCGACAAGAUGGCAGCAAUCUUGGAGAACCGGGAGAAACACUCGGAAAAGAUGAAGGAAAAGUGGGAAGCGGACGCGAAGCAAUUGCAGGUAGAACGCGACCAACUGGUUAUACAACUGGAGAAGUCGCAGGAAAUGCUGGUCAACUUCCAGCAGGAGCUUAGCGCGAACGAGGCUGAGCUCGAGCGUCAGCGUGAAGAGGCUCGCCGUCUCCAACAGCGUGCCCACGCGCAGACACCCGAUCGCGCCGCCAAGGAGGCGCUUGACGCGCAAAUGCGCGAAGUACAACGGCUGCAGCAGCAGGUACAGAGUGUCCAGCAGGCGCAGCAGAAGGAGCGACAGCGCGCCGAACAGGCAGAGAAGCGAGUGCAGGAGCUGCAAAAGCAGCUGGCGUCGCGCGGCACCGAGACGGUUCAGGCUGACGCGGCUCAGCUUGAGCAGUGGCGAAAGUUAUGCGAGACGGAGCGGCAGCGGGCAGACACUGCCGAGCGUGAGGCCGGUGACUUGCAGAAGCGGAUACAGACGACGGAACGACAAUUGCAUGCGCAUCAACAGCAGAUCCAACAGAUGCAGGUCACCAUGCAGCAACAACAGCAACAGCUGCAGCAGCAACAGCAACAGCAGCCCGCGCAACAGAACGGUCAAGAGGUCGUCAGGCUGAGAAAGGAGCUGGAUCGCGCGCGCGAGGAGAUUCAACAGGCGACAGUGGAGCGCGAGCGGUUCCAAGCACAGCUCGAGAUGCUGUGCCAGGAACUGGAGAAGAAUCAGGUGGAUUUGCACGAGGCGAACAAGAAACUCCAAGCUGGAGCCGCGAAAGCUGGCGCCGAUACUAUUCAAGAGAGGAAACAGAUGGAGGAUCAAAGACGACAAUUGGACGAGCAGAGAAGACAGAUGGAAGAACGAGCGAAGAUCAUAGAUCAGAAAGCUAGGACGAUAGAGGAAAAGGAGAGGACGCUCCAAAAUCUCGACCAAGACCUCAAAAAGAGAAAAGCGAGAAUGGACCAACUGGAGCAACAAUUACAAAAGAGUGGCGGAGCACCGGACAAAAGAUUAGCAGAAAUGCAAAAGGCUCUCGAAAUUGCCGAGAGGGAUUUGGAAAAAGCGAAAGAAGAAUCAGGCAGGAGUGCCGCCGAGACCGAGAGGCUAUUGCAGCUCGUGCAGAUGACACAGGAAGAACAAAACUCAAAGGAAAAACAGAUCAGAGAUCUUCAAGAAGCACUCAAAACCGCACAAGCCAAGUUGAAACAAGCUACAACUGCACAGCAAGAGGCGGGACCCGCCGGAUUCCUAAAAAGCUUGUUUUAAGGUCGAUUUUUGUUGGGGACGCCUUCUCCGUUCUUUUUAGUACAAUUUGCAUAUUAUAAGCGAGACUUUACGAGUAUAGACAUAUAUACAAGAGAUUUAAACGAAGGAUUGAUGUCGAUCCGCUAAUGGACAAAACCCACGUCGAGACAUAUAAUUAUUUUACGUAAAAUGCUACGACCAUUGUUAACGUAUUCAAUAAUUAUAGCAAAAGGAUAAUAACGAUAAUAA